AUGGCCAUCUAUUCAUCAGUCCCGCCACCCGCACAACAGGCUUCCGGUUUAGCAGGUCCAGAUAUCGAAGCCUGGACGGUGUCUGCUUUAGAAUCACUCAAUGUUUCUCCUACUGCUCGCGGUACUGGAGUUACACUCUCCAUUCCUCUCGAACAAGAUGAGCUCCCCAAAGACGCGACACCCUCAAGGCCCAUUGCCUACAAACCUCGCAAAGAAGUUUUGAAACGCGAUAGCCAGAAACACAGAGAGACAUUGCUGAGGGGGAAGGAGGGCAGUCGUAGACGCCAAAGAUGGGAGAACGAUCAUCUUCUCCAUGUUCCAAAUGCCCAACCACCACUUCCAAGUGACUGGGAAGUUCGCCCGACCUACCCCGUUCAUCACGUACCGUAUUAUUUGGCUCCUUUGUGGGAUGCGGGUGUGCGUCAUCGAGCUGAGGAAAUUGCUGCUGAAAAGAAAUUGGAUAAAGCAAGAAAAUCUGGUAGCUGUGAGGAGAGAGGUCGUGUCCCGCAAGAUUUAAGGCAGAAGCUCAAGAAGAGCAAGGGAGCUAAGAGUCUUUUGCAAGACUUGGAGGAAGAGGUGAGAAAGUUCGUCCAAGAAUAUGAAGGAAAGCAGAAAAUCCUAGGACAGAUGAAGGAAGAUGAAGUGGACAGUGAGGAUGAGGAGAUUGUGUUCAUUGGAAGGAAUGGCACAAUGAGUGAUGAACAACGGAACCUAGUCGAAGAAGAGUUACAAAGAGAAAAAUUAGUCUUCGAUUCUUUAGCUGAUGAUACAGGGGCAAGCUUCGGACGCUGGCUUGUCCAUUCUAUUGCAUCUUACUACGGUCUCACUUCUCGAUCUAUCACAGUUGGCGAUCCCGCUCGUCGCGAGGCUUAUGUUGGUAUAAAGGAAAUGGGUACAGGUGGACAGAUCUCUCGUCUUCAAUCAGACCUCCCCCGUCCAUUGUGGGGAAUGAUCUGA